AGCGUGCGGCCUGGAGCUCCUGAACUAUAUCUCCCAGGCGGCUUCGCGGAGGCCCCUGCGCAGUGUCCAGGGCCGCUGAAUAUACCUGAGUCUAUGCGAUAGGCAGGAGCGGUUGGAACGUGUGGUCGGGCAUUCGCCUGUCUCCCGGCCGCCGCGAUGCCGAUGAAAGGGCGCUUCCCCAUCCGGCGGACCCUGCAGUAUCUGAAACAAGGCGACAUUGUGUUCAAGAGCUCGGUCAAGGUCAUGACCGUGAAUUACAACACCCAUGGGGAGCUGAGCGAGGGAGCCAGGAAAUUUGUGUUUUUCAACAUUCCUCAGAUUCAGUACAAAAACCCCUGGGUACAGAUCAUGAUGUUCAAGAAUAUGACACCAUCGCCGUUUCUGCGGUUUUAUUUAGAUUCUGGUGAGCAGGUCCUGGUGGAUGUGGAGGACAAGAGCAACUCGGAGAUCAUGCAGCACGUCAAGAAGAUCUUGGGCAAGAACGAGGAAGUCCUCAAGAGAGAGGAGCUAGAGAAAAAAAAGCUUUCUCACCCAGCUAAUUUUGGACCCAAAAAAUAUUGCCUGCGGGAAUGUAUCUGUGAAGUAGAGGGACAGGUCCCCUGCCCAGCCGUUGUGCCUUUGCCCAAAGAGAUGACCGGCAAGUACAAAGCCACUCUGAAAGCCAGUGCUCAAGACUGAGGGUCCACCUGGAGGCUGGAAGCCAAAGGCCUUCAAGAGCAAGUGAUGGAGAGACACGUACUCACGUGGGCUCCCAGGUCUCUCUCCAGAGCUACCUCGUAUUCAGAAGGCCCCUGGCCCAAAGCUGGGACUAUAAGAAGACAAGGCGUGCCAGGGGAGGUUUGCAGGAAGACUGAAGUUUGCCAAUAAAAAACACUUUUUGUUGACUCUAAAA